CUCUAUUUAAUUACAAUUAUUUUUUAGUGAUAAAUUUUAAUGUUCCUGUUUUUUUUGUUAUACUAUGAAUGAAAUUGAAUAGACACUGUAAUGAAUUUCAAAAAGAGAUUUAUCUUUUUACUAAUUUUUAUAAUAAUUAUUUUAUGUUUCCUUGUAUAUUUUUUGUUUGAUAAUGAAGCUAGACAUCCUCAUGAAAUUAGAAACAAAUCAUUUUUUCACACUCAAAAAGUUAAAAAUAUUUUGGAUGGAGAAAAUUUGGCUAGAAAUGAUCUUCCACCUAAAAAUAUACUUGAUGAUAUUAACAUUGAAAUGUUACAAACACCCAACAAAUUAAUGGAUUUUCCAAAUAGUAGUUAUAAUAAAACUAAUGAAUAUAUAAUUUCAUCUAAUGAAACUUGUGUACCGAAUAUUAAUAUGUUAAAGUUGUAUGAUUCAAUACCAUUUGACAAUAUUGAUGGAGGAGCAUGGAAGCAAGGAUGGAAUAUUGAUGUAAAUAAUGAUCGAUGGAAUGAAAAUAAUAGGUUAAGAGUAUUUGUGGUUCCACAUUCACAUAAUGAUCCUGGGUGGAAACGUACAUUUGAAGAUUAUUAUCGUCUUGAAACCAAAAAUAUAUUAAAUAAUAUGGUGAUAAAAUUAAUUGAGGAUUAUAGACGAAAAUUUAUAUGGGCAGAAAUAUCAUAUUUUUCACUCUGGUGGAAAGAUAUAAAUCAAGAUACAAAAAAUAAAGUCAAAAUGUUGAUCAAUAAUAAUCAACUGGAAAUUGUUACUGGUGGAUGGGUAAUGACAGAUGAAGCAAAUGCACAUUAUACAUCUAUGAUUACUGAACUAGUUAAUGGACAUCAAUGGCUAAAAGAAAAUUUAAAUAUUACAGCCAAAUAUAGUUGGUGUAUUGAUCCAUUUGGUGUUUCUCCUACUAUGCCUUACAUUCUAAAGCGUAUGCAAUUAUCUGGUUUAGUUAUCCAGCGUACACAUUAUGCCAUUAAAAAGUAUCUUGCUAGAAACAAAAAAUUAGAGUUUCAAUGGAGACAACAUUGGGAUAAUGAGUGCAGUAAUGAUAAUGUCAUGUUUACCCAUAUGAUGCCAUUUUAUAACUAUGAUAUACCACAUACAUGUGGUCCUGACCCUAGUAUAUGUUGUCAAUUUGAUUUUAAAAGAUUACCUGGGUUUGGAAUAUCUUGUCCUUGGAAACUUUAUCCUGUUCCUAUUACUCAAAUGAAUGUUAAAUCCAAAGCAUUGUUAUUGUUAGAUCAGUACAAGAAAAAAGCUGAGUUGUAUAAAACAAACAUUUUAUUAAUACCUCUUGGUGAUGACUUUCGUUAUACAUCAUCUCGAGAAUGGGAUUUUCAGAUGAAUAAUUAUCAAAAAAUAUUUGAUUAUUUGAAUAAAUAUAGUAAUACUCUUCAUGUAGAAGCAUCAUUUGGUACAUUAAAAGAUUAUUUUGAAGCUGUAAAAAGUUCAUCAAAUAUUAACAAUUUUCCAUCUCUUGUUGGAGAUUUUUUUACUUAUGCAGAUAAAGAUAAAGAUUAUUGGAGUGGUUAUUUUACUUCACGUCCUUUUUAUAAGAGUAUGGACCGUGAACUUGUGUCAACCUUAAGAGCAACAGAAAUUUUGUAUUCAUUAGUGUGGUUAAGUACUCCUUCCGAUAUGACUGAAUGGUUGUGGCAACCUAGAUUUAAAUUAUACAACAAUUUACAAAUGGCAAGAGAUGCUCAUAGUUUGUUUCAACACCAUGAUGGAAUCACUGGAACAGCAAAAGAUUCUGUAGUUAAUGAUUAUGCUAAAAAGAUGUUAGAUGCAUUAGAUAACCUGCAUCAUAUAAUUCAACAUUGUUUAUAUUUUUUAUUACAUCCAGAAAAGGAUAAGUAUAACUUUGAUUUUGAUCAAGUAUACUUCAAAGCAGAUAGUUCAAGAGUUAAUACUUAUUCACUAAGCCAACCUCAUUUAAUAUUAUUUGAGAAUAAUAUAUAUACUAAAAAUAUUGUAGUAUUUAAUUCCCUAACAUAUUUUAGAGAAGAAAUUAUUACUUUAACUACCAAUAGUGAUAAUGUUAAGAUACUAGAUUCUGAUGGAAAAAUUAUUGCUUAUCAAUUAGACAUUACUUGUCAACUACAGUAUCCAGAACUUAACACAUUAUCAUGUUUUCAAAUACACUUCAGUGUUGUUCUUGAGCCAUUAGAAAUAAAAAAAUUUACCAUCAUCAGUAUGCCUGCUGAUAUUAAAACAGAAAAAUAUAAAUCAGUCAUAAAUGUCUAUAAUUUUGAUAAUAUGACAAAAUUGCACCAUGACAUAAAUGUUAAAAACGAAAAAUUUCAAAAGAUUUACAUUGAAAAUGAGCAAUUAGUAGUAGCAUUUGAUUCUCAUGGAUUGUUAAAAGACAUUACUCUUAAGUCUUCUGGUAAUUCAUAUCCAGUUUCUUUAAAAUUUGUUAGAUAUGAUGUAGCAAAUGGACCAGAUAUGAGUGGUGCUUACUUAUUUAUACCAUCAAGAGAAGCUGAAGAUGCUCAUAUUACAGAAAAGCCAAAAAUAUCUGUUAUUAAAGGAAAAAUUUUGUCUCAAGUAAUAGUUCAAUAUAGUAAUGUGAGACAUGCUGUUGUCUUAAAGAAUUUAAAAGGUAUAAAGUAUAUUGAAAUCAAAAAUUUAGUGGAUAUCAGGCAUCAAAUGAAUUAUGAAUUAGCAAUGAGAGUUACAUCAGAAAUAGAUAAUAAUAAUAUUUUUUAUACUGACUUAAAUGGAUUUCAAAUUAUUAAGAGAAAAUAUUUUGAAAAACUUCCGAUCCAAGGAAACUUUUAUCCUAUGUCAAGCGCUAUGUACAUUGAAGAUAAUAUAGCCAGAAUAUCUUUAUUAUCAACUCAACCAUUGGGUGCAUCAUCAUUAAAAAGUGGUCAAAUGGAGGUCAUUCAAGAUCGGAGAUUAAGUCAUGAUGAUAAUCGUGGAUUAGGACAAGGAGUUUUAGAUAAUGUUCCAACCCAAACAUUAUUUAGAUUACUUAUUGAAGAACGCAUUAAUGAUUGCAAAAUUGAGAACCCAUAUCUGACAGAAGAUGGAAUGAUUUCUAUGUCUUCAUUACUUUAUCCUCCUAUAUGGUUUUCAGGGAUAAAUCACCAAUUGAAAAAUAAUUAUAACAUAUUUUCUUAUCUAUUUCCAAGCAAUCUACAUUUAGUUUCAUUAACUUUAUUAGUUCAGGAAUUAAAACCUACUUCUGGUUUGAUUUUGCAUAGAGUUCAAAAUACUAAAUGUUUUGGUUCUAAAAAUACCAAAAACCAUUCAAAUGAGAUUUAUUUAAAAUCAAUACAAGCUCUGUCACCUGAGAUUAAUAUUUUUGAAUCUUCACUGUCAUUUGUUCAUGUUGGUUCUAAAAUAGACGUACAAAAACCACAAUAUAUCAAACCUAUGGAAUUAAAAGGAUACUUACUGAUUAAAUGAAAAAUCACAUGAAGCAUUUUGUACAAAAUUAAAUAAAUUUGUUCUGUUUUGAUUUUAUGCACAAUAAAAACAUUAAAAACACCUA